AUGUCGCUGGCACCGCCACCGUCAUCAGAGAAACGACGGAUGACCGAUGGACAGCAGUGGCCAAGAGAGCGAUGUGUUCACGCCACGUUCACCGUUGGUAACAACAGAGACCUGUGGCAACGACGAGAAGAGCCGGAUUCUGGAGACGGCUGGAAAUUUGAACAUGCUCCAGUCAUGCAUGUGGAAUGUUCUCGAAAAUCGCUGCAAGAGUCAGUCCACCAUCGCCGUCCGGCAGUUGCCCCUGACAUGCGACAGUGA